CUUCCUCCCGGGGACGCUGUUGCCUAGCAACCGCCUUCCACCUCCAUCUUUUGCCCCGCCUCCUGCUUAUUUCAAUACCUGGUUUCACAGACUUCCAGGCCCUGGCCCAGGGCGACAUCGGUGCUAGAUCCCAGCCGCUGUGUUCUCAGGUGGUCAUAGGAGCACGGACGCAGGCGGCGCGGGGCACCAUCAAAGGCUGAAUGUAUUAUUUCACUUAUUUAUUAACAAUUGUAUAAAAGUAGAGGAAAAGGAAUACACUAUGUCUGAUGAAAUCUUCAGCACAACUUUGGCAUAUACCAAGAGUCCAAAAGCUACCAAGAGAACUUCUUUUCAGGAUGAGCUGAUCAGAGCAAUUACAGCCCGGUCAGCCAGGCAGAGAAGUUCUGAAUACUCCGAUGACUUCGACAGUGAUGAGAUUGUUUCUUUAGGUGAAUUUUCAGAUACCUCAACAGAUGAAAGUCUAGUUAGAAAAAAGGUGAAUGAUUUUCAUAUAUCUGACGAUGAGGAAAAGAGUUCUCCAAGACUGUCUUUUUUGAAAACCAAGAAAGUCAACAGUGAUGUAGCCAAAGAUGGGCAGGAAUCUGUCACACAGAUCAGUGAAGACAUGUCACCAGAUGUUCAUGAUGAUCCCAAAUCCCAAAAUGAUGAUCAAGAAGUUGGAAAAGAGAUUACCGAAAUAAAGGCAAAGCCCAGAGUUCUUCCUAUCAAAAAAAGUACAUCUUCAGGGGAAAACAGCAGCAGUCAUGAAGCAGAUGACCAUUUUAAGCCUUCACCUCGACCCAGGAGCAUAAAAAAGAGCAUCCCCAUGGAGGAGGGUGACAGACCAGAUGACAAAAAACAGUCCCCGAGUGAAGACUCUGCCACCAUGCCUUCCCUUCCAAGGCAGAAUGGCACAGAGUUGGAAACUGAGGAAAAAGUACACUCCGAAAACCUUGAUCUUGAGGACUCGCUCUUACAAAGUCUGACCUCAUCGUCCAUCAAAGAAAGCCCUGCAAAUUGCACCUCACCAGGAUCUCAGGAAAAGAUAUCCAUAAAAGAUCAUGAUGGAGAACCUACUGAAAUCUGGGAUUCCUUGAUAUCAAAUGAAAAUGAAGAGAAUUCAGUCUUGGUAAACUGUGUUACUCCUGAAGUUGAGCUGCCUAAGACAAGUCAGGUGACUGCUGAUGACACUGAAGAAGAGAAAGAGAAGGCUGGGUUUACAGAUGAUGACUUCACCACUGACCCACUGCUCUCCACAUCCCCAAGUGUCAUAACACCCACCGAGACAGCAGAGCCGGCCAAGAAAACAAAUGAAGAACGAAACAUGAAGAAUAAAAAGCCAACGAAUAAUAGAGUAUCCAGUGCCUCUGGCAGGCUGAUGACCUCUGAAUUUUUAAAGAAAUCUGGUCCCACAAGGAGAAGUCCGUCUGCAGCUACCUCUUCUCACUAUUUAGGGACUUUAAAAGUCUUGGACAAGAAGCCAUCACGGAAGCAGAGCAUUGAGACAGACAAAGCUGAUCACAUAAGGGCAGCUGUUUAUCAGGAGUGGUUAGAAAAGAAAAAUGUGUAUUUACAUGAAAUGCACCGAAUAAAAAGAAUUGAAAGUGAAAACUUAAGGAUCCAAAAUGAACAGAAAAGAGCUGCUAAGAGAGAGGAAGCAUUAGCAUCAUUCGAAGCCUGGAAGGCUAUGAAAGAAAAGGAAGCAAAGAAAAUAGCUGCAAAGAAGAGGCUGGAGGAAAAAAACAAGAGGAAAACGGAAGAAGAAAACGCUGUGAGGAAGAGCGAGGCCCUGCAAGCAUUUGAAAAAUGGAAAGAGAAAAAGCUGGAAUACCUGAAAGAGAAGACGAGGAAGGAAAAAGAAUAUGAAAGAGCAAAGAAACAGAAAGAAGAAGAAACGGUUGCUGAGAAAAAGAAAGACAAUUUAACUGCUUUUGAAAAAUGGAGUGAAAAAAAGGAAGCCCUUCUCAAGCAAAAGGAAAAGGAGAAAAUAAAUGAGAGAAGAAAGGAAGAGCUAAAGAGAGCAGAGAAGAAAGACAAAGACCAGCAAGCCAUCAGUGAAUACGAAAAGUGGCUGGAAAAGAAAGAAAGGCAGGAAAGAGUUGAUCGGAAACAAAAGAAGCGUCAUUCCUACCUUGAAAGUGAGACACACCCUCCGUGGAGCCCUCCAAGCAGAACUGUGCCCUCUAAAGUAUUAUGACGAUUCAGGCUCUUGAUUUAUCAGUUCAACAACUUUACCCAUGGAUUUCAAAGCAUCCAUCUCAUUAUUUGUGGUAAGAAGAAUCUAUUUUAAUUAACUGCAGGAACUUCUGCUGAGCAUGAAAGAGAUACUUUGCAGUUUAAUCAGUGGAAGCAAUUUUCUCAAGUGUAUAUAAACUGCCUCAGACAAGAAGCCAAUCAGAUUGCUGGGACAAUCCAACUGCAUGAAGCUUUAUCAUGUCCUAACCAUUCCUGAAGUGAGGUGAUCUGUGGUCACCGUCACUGAGUUCUGUGUCUUUUUAAAGCAUGUUUAAUCCCACUGAUGGAAGGAUGCCAUCUAGAUACCACAGUCAUAGGAACGAAUCAGUCUUUGGAAGCUUGUGCUUCUUGGUUGGUGUUGGGGAUGAACGGUCCCUGGGGAGGAUGGACGUAUUCUUUCUUCUAACCUGAUCUUCAGCUCAGAACAGCAUCUUUGCUUUGCUUGCAAGUUAGAAUCACACUCAGUUGAGGCCACAGAGCUCUAGGCAGCAAGUCACUUUAAGAACUUUGCCUUAUGGUUUCAUCUCAGUGUGUGUUGCCUGUGUGAGGCUUACCUGACAAUCAUAGCCACUUCUAGAAUGGGCUCACUUCUGAAAUUUUUCUUUCUAAAUUGGAUCUCAAUUUGCUUGUUAUUUGGUUAACACCAAAAGUCAUCAAUUUGAUGGUGGUGGUGUCUUAUAAAGUAGUUGGGACAAUUUCAUAGGGGUUCAGGGUCAUUAUAAAAAUUCUUCCUAGAGUACAAUUAUAAAGAUACAUGAAGGCAAUUCCAACCUUCUUAACUAAUCUUAGAGUAUUUCAACUUGCGUUAAGAAGCAGCUGAAUAAGAAAGUAAGUUUGUAAAAAAUAUUCAAGAACUUAUUUAUUUAUUUACUUGUCCUAUGCUUCUCCCUGUAUGAACUGGUCUGCUACUUGACUGGUCAGCUCUUAAAACAGACCAGUUGUUGGAAUGCUGCUCUAGGCAACAAUGCAAUGCAAAGACAAUCCAUGGAAAACAUAGUUGUUACUGUUCAUAAGCUUCUUAUAUCAUCUCUGCUGGAUCUUCACAAAUGUGAUUUGUCAACUUUUUAACAAUUAUUCACAGUAGGUGGUAUUAGCUUUAUCGAGGCUUAUAAAGUCCAAAAUAACUUGCCAUACAGCUAACACGAGUGGUGGGACCAAAACCCACUGUCACCCUCUUCCUUGAGACCUGUGUGACCUCAGAGACUGUGGCUGACUUCUGCGUUAAUCAGCCUUGCAAGUGCUUGUCAUUCCCAGGGUGUAAAUCAUGCACUGCUGGUGAGACAUGCUCCUUUCCUAGUGCCUCCAGAUGCUAGCCCUCCUUAGAUGUAUAAAAUGACAUGAGGGUUUAUGGGAUUUCAGAUGUUCAACAAACAUGGUAUCAAUAAAGCCAGGAGCUUGUGUGAGACCCAAAUGUGGCAUGUGCACAAAAGAGGAAGUCAUGAGCUACUUUGUAGCAUUACAGAGCACACCAAAGACAUGCACAGAUGAAGCUAGAAGUCUUUGAUACUGCCAGAAGUGGUCCCUGCAAGAUUAUCAACCGAGUGCUGUCGAGAUGGGAUUCAGGACUCCAAUUUGUGUGUUUUCCCAGAAGCAACCACACCCGCCAGAAUAUACUGAUAAUGGCUUCUUGUUAAAUAGGUAGAGAUAAAAAAAAAAGGGGGGGGGGUUGCACAUUGUAAGAAAUGAAAAGGAAGAUCAGACAAAGGUGUAGUUCUUCCAUGCUCACUUUGUACAGUGUGGUAUUGUUGUUGUUAGCUCAUAAAUCAUGAGAAAGGGAUGACAAAACUAACGUGAAGUGUUUUGGAACAUAAGGACUCAGUAAAUAGUAUCGUAUUUAUUUACCACAGUCCCUACUUCAUGGAGAUGAGAUCAAUGUGGUGUGAGCAGUACAGUAGUUAUUUGGCACACUUUAACAUACAGAAGAACUCAGUCUUCUGGUCCAUCUUUGGUGUACCAGUUACAGUCAGGUGUUGCCAGGAGCAGGACUGUCUGAGAAGACCUCUGAAUACUGGUUUUUAAGAUUGUUUCUGAAGAGAAUUAAGUGACAAGUGAAGAUGUGCCCAAUGGCCCAAAAUGUCAUUCCCUCAAAUGUGAUUUGGGAUGAGUAUGGUUAUAGAGUAAAUAAUAGGCCUUUCCCCAACUUACAGCAACCUGUAUUAAGUCUUAUGAAGUUUAUCUAGUUAAAUACAGUUACCCCUUCUCCUGUAGUAAAAAUAAUGCAGAACUUUGGACAGUGAGUGAAAACCAAUUCUGUAAUGUACCAGUAUGAGUUCCAGAGGGAAGACUCAAGCCUGGUAAGAUUAUCUUAAUGUAUUUGCCUAUUUAAGAAAUAAGAAUUUCCCAUAUUUCCUUAAAAAGUACCAAAUAUUGAUAUAGAUUAAUUUAUUAUAAUGAAAAAAAAAAACUCUUACAUGAAAGUAAAUU